CUUCGUUGAAUUUCGGAGCAUGUGUUCAUUCAAAUGGUUAAAGUUCCUAAUUUUGCUGUGGAUAGCCUUUGCAGGAACUGGAGCCAUCCCCUCCUCGGAUCCCUUAAUUGUUGAGAUCCCGAAUGGAAAACUCCGUGGCAAGGAUAAUGGCCACUUCGUCAGCUUCGAAUCGAUUCCCUAUGCCGAGCCCCCAGUUGGUGAACUACGACUAGAGGCUCCUCAGCCCUAUAGACAUCAGUGGACGGAUAUCUUCGAUGCCUCUCAGACACAAGUUGGCUGCCUGCAAUGGAACCAGUUCAGAGCCGAAGGCAGUAUGCUGGAGGGGAGUGAGGACUGCUUAACCUUGAGCAUCUACAAGCCCAAGAAUGAAACAAGGAGCAGCUUUCCUGUCGUGGUUGUCAUACAUGGAGGCGCCUUCAUGUUCGGCAGUGCGGCAUUAUAUGGCCACCAGUAUGUUAUGCGUGAGGGAAGUGUGAUUUUGGUUAAGAUAAACUACCGCGUGGGACCACUGGGCUUCGCAAGCACCGGUGAUAGGGAUUUGCCAGGUAACUAUGGACUCAAGGAUCAACGCCUAGCCCUGCGAUGGAUUAAGGACAACAUUGCCCACUUUGGCGGCUCACCGGAUAAUAUUGUGGUCAUUGGGCACUCAGCAGGCGGAGCAUCUGUUCAUUUGCAGCUGCUGCAUGAGGAUUUUAGCCAUUUGGCCAGGGCAGCCCUGUCGGUGAGCGGAAAUGCCCUGGAUCCUUGGGUUGUCCAGCAGGGAGGAAGAGGACGCGCCUUUGAAUUGGGUCGGAUUGUGGGCUGUGGACAGGCAGCAGAUUCUGCGGAGCUGAAGAACUGUUUGAAGUCCAAGCCGGCCAGUGAAAUAGUAUCUUCUGUACGAAGCUUCCUGGUGUUUUCAUACGUGCCCUUUUCUGUAUUCGGACCUGUGGUGGAGCCCGCAGAUGCUCCAGAUGCCUUCCUUACUCAAAGUCCAGCAGAUGUGAUCAAAAGCGGAAAAAUCGCACAAGUUCCUUGGGGCGUAACAUAUACCACUGAGGAUGGUGGCUACAAUGCUGCCCAGCUUUUGGAGAAAAAUCAGACAACUGGUGAGACCUGGAUUGAAAAACUCAAUGAUCGUUGGUUUGACUGGGCUCCUUACUUGCUCUUCUACCGGGACGCAAGGGAAACCGUUUGGGAAAUGGAUGAGUUGUCUAGAAAACUCAGACAGCAGUAUCUGGGAGAUCGAAGAUUUAGUGCCGAAAGCUACUGGGACUUGCAGCGAAUGUUUACUGAUAUUCUUUUCAAGAAUAGCGUGCCAAUUUCAAUAGAUCUUCACCGAAAAUAUGGCAAAAGUCCUGUCUAUUCGUUUGUCUACGAUAAUCCUGCUGUGACGGGUGUGGGCCAGGUGCUGUCCAAUCGCAGUGAUAUAUAUUUUGGUACUGUCCAUGGAGAUGACUUUUUCUUGAUAUUUGACGAUCUUCCACUACGAGCAUUCGUUCGUCCCGAUGAAGAAAUUAUAACAAGAAAGUUCAUAAAGAUGCUGGAGGACUUUGCGCUUGAUGAAAGGGGAGCUUUGAGAUUUGGCGAGUGCGAUUUUCAGAACAAUUUGGACAGCAAGCAAUAUCAAGUGCUGCGUAUAACACAAAACGGUUGUCAGAACGAGCAAUAUGAUCAGUUACCUUAAGCAGGAAAUAAAUAUAAAUAUUGCAAA